AUGGCUGUUAAUCUGUGUGAUGGACUUAUAAUGGCCGAUAAAGGUCUUGUCUUCGAUAAAAAUUCUCAAAAUUAUAUGUUAGAAGGAAGUUUAACCAAAAUGCAUUGUCCUAACCAAAACUGUGAUAAUGAUGACAAAAAAAUUAGUUCUGCUUUUAUAGCAUUGCUAAGUUUCUAUAAGGAAUAUGUUAAUGUGGAAAAUUUAGAGAAUGAUAAAUUUGCUGAAUACGCUAUUUUAUGGUUAGGUCACAUACUGAAUCAAAAAACAGAAAAUGGAACCACCCCAUUAAAGGAUUUUUAUACUAAACAUAUAAAAACAAAUAGUUGUUAUGAUCAGAAAAAAAUUGGUGAUAAUGAUAGUAAGAUUAAUAUAAGUGUUAUAGAUACAAAAAUAGAAUCGAUGAAUAUUGGUAUUAAAGAUAUAUCUAAUUUUUAUGAAAUAUUUAAAUUAUUAUGUGAUAUGGAUAGUGAAGUUGGUAGAAAAAAAAUCCAAUGCAAUACAUGUUUAAAAAAUGCUGGAGAAUUUUAUGAACAAUAUGAAAAACUUAAAAAUGGUUUAGAUAUUAAUAAAGGAAGUUCUUAUUUUCAACUUUGGUUAAGUUUAUCAAAAGAUUAUGACAAAUUUAAAGAGAAAUAUAAAAAUAAUGUAUGUAGUAAUAUCGAAUCCCUUAAAUCUUGUUCACGAAGUUCAGCGACAAAAAGCCCAGUGACAGAAUGUCCAGUGGAAGAAUGUCCAAUGAAAGAAUGUCCAGUAACAGAAUGUCCAGUGACAAAAAAUACGCUAAUUACAAUUGCAAUUAUAUUUGUUGCAGCAUCAAUUUUAUUGGGAGUUUCUUAUAAGUAUUCGUUAUUUGGAUUUCGGAAACGAUCUCAAAAACAACAUUUAAGAGAAAAGCUAAAAAAAUAA